AUGUCUCCUCCCUAUAUAGAGAAUAGACAAAAUAAAAUCAACCGAGAAGAGGUGAAGAUGAACCUCCUCGGCGGAUGCAGCCGCCGCGUUGAUGACACGGGUAUUCCCUCUCCUCUCUACGCUUCGUCUCCAGGGCUUGUAGAGAAGGAUGGAUCCAACACCAACGACGAGAAACACACCACAAAUAGACCCGCCGAUGAUGUCGAAAUUGUCGCCGAUAGCCUCAACGCCAUCCCAGAACGGGCCCUCUGGCUCUGCAACGUUCUGGAUAAGGGCCAGGACCUGGAUGGUACCGAUGAAUGCAGACACAAAGACGGUGAUGGCGGUGAGGAUAAUGGAGUAGUACAGGAUGGCGACUGUGUCGCGGGAAAAAGCUUUAGAUGUGUAGAGGGCGAGCAUGAGGGCUCCAUCGGUGGUGUCGAGGAGACACAUGCCGGCUGA